CGCGGUUCGGAGUAACUCCAAGUGAUGCGGGGACCACAGCCCGAGAGCAGCACGCGCUCCCGCAGACGCCAGCCCCGCCGCACUCAGGUCGACCAUGGUUGCCGCCACCCGCUCCCUCCUGGCGCUGCUGCUCUGCCGGGUGCUGCUGGGCGGCGCGGCCGGCCUCAUGCCGGAGGUGGGACGGCGGCGCUUCAGCGAGCCGGGCCGCGCCGCCUCGGCCGCGCAGCGCCCCGAGGACCUCCUGGGCGAGUUCGAGCUGCGCCUGCUCCACAUGUUCGGGCUGAAGCGGCGGCCCAGCCCCGGCAAGGACGUCGUCAUCCCUCCCUACAUGUUGGACCUCUACCGCCUGCACGCCGGCCAGCAGCUGGGCUACCCGCUGGAGAGGGCCGCCAGCCGCGCCAACACCGUGCGCAGCUUCCACCACGAAGAAGUUUUGGAAGAACUGCCAGAAACAAGUGGGAAAACAGCACGACGUUUCUUCUUUAAUUUAACUUCCAUCCCUAAUGAGGAGUCUAUCACCUCAGCUGAACUCCAGAUUUUUCGGGAGCAGGUGCACGAAGCCUUUGAGAGCAACAGCAGCUACCAUCACCGUAUUAAUAUUUAUGAAAUUAUAAAACCAGCCACAGCCACCUCUAAGGACCCUGUCACAAGACUUUUGGACACCAGGUUGGUGCAUCAUAAUGCGAGUAAAUGGGAAAGUUUUGAUGUAACGCCAGCUGUUUUGAGGUGGAUUGCACACGGACAACCUAAUCAUGGGUUUGUGGUGGAGGUGGUUCACUUGGACAAAGAGAACAGUGCCUCCAAGAGGCACGUUAGGAUUAGCAGGUCUUUACAUCAGGACGAAGAUAGCUGGUCUCAGCUCAGGCCGUUGUUAGUGACGUUUGGGCAUGAUGGCAAGGGACACCCGCUUCAUAAAAGAGAAAAGCGUCAAGCGAAACACAAACAGCGUAAACGCCACAAAUACAGUUGCAAAAGGCAUCCGUUGUAUGUGGACUUCAAUGACGUGGGGUGGAAUGACUGGAUUGUUGCCCCGCCAGGGUAUAGUGCCUUUUACUGCCAUGGGGAAUGUCCUUUUCCGCUGGCAGAUCACCUAAACUCAACAAACCAUGCCAUUGUUCAGACUUUGGUCAAUUCAGUGAAUUCCAAAAUCCCCAAGGCUUGCUGUGUGCCGACAGAACUGAGUGCUAUUUCAAUGCUCUACCUUGACGAGAACGAAAAAGUUGUACUAAAGAACUAUCAAGAUAUGGUUGUGGAGGGUUGUGGGUGCCGCUAACACAGCGAAUAUAUCGGACAAAUGCAAAAAAAAAAAAAAAAAAAAAAAAAAAAAAAGCUGACACUUUAAUAUUUCCCAAUGAAGACUUUAUUUAUGUAAUGAAAUGGAAAGAAAAAAAAAACACAACUAUUUUGAAAAUAUAUUUAUGUCUACGGAAAGGUUGGGAAAACAAAUAUUUUAAUCAGAGAAAUAUUCCUUUAAAGAUUUUAAAUGUAUUUUAGUUGUACAUUUUAUAUGGGUUUAACCCCCAGCACAUGAAGUAUAAUGGUCAGAUUCUUAUUUUGUAUUUAUUUACUAUUAUAACCACUUUUUAGAAGAAUAGCUAAUUUGUAUUUAUAUGUAAUCAAAAAGAAAAAAAAAUAUAGGGUUUGUACAUAAUUUUUCAAAAUUGUAGCUGUUUCAAUCGCGUGUAUUUAAGUUGAAGAGGAGACACGGAAGGUUACCAUGGCAAAGUGCAUAGCACAUUUGCUUUCUGCAGUGCUACUGUUAAGGUCACAAGUUCAAGUCCAGAAAAAAGUGGAUAAUCCACUCUGCUGACUUUCAAGAUUAUUAUAUUGUACAAUUCUCAGGAAUGCUGCAGGGUGGGCUGUCCAAUCCAUGAGAACUGGCAUCCUCCUUAGGUGGAACAUUUGGAUAAGAACCAGACGUUGCUGAUCUAGUAUAAAUACUACUAUUCCUGACUAAUUUGCAGAGUGAAUAUAAGAAGGGCCAAUAGAAAUCCCAGGGGAGGUGGGGGUGGGGGAAGAGCAAAUCCUUUCUAGACCUACAGAAAAGCGAAUGUUUGAUGUUUCCUUUAAAAGUCCUUCCUUUAAAAGUUCUGGCCAAAUAUAAAAUAAUAAAAACUCAAAUGUCAUCUUUUUUUUUUUUUUUUUGUGAUUAUAUAUGCUGAAGAGGAAUAAUUAUCUUAUUUGUACUGGCCCUUGUCUUUAACAGUUGGAUAAGUGUUGGGUACUUCUUCACCUCAGGUGGGAGCUCACUUCUUGGAGUGUAACAGUGAAAUUGUCAAUUUUUCGUGCUUCAUACAGCAAGUUGUUACUUGAGCAGCCUCCCAUCUAACCUUGGAUGGUGGUUUUGUAGUUUUACAGAUUAGCUUCUCUUCCUUCGUGGGGUUUUGUUUGAAAGCUUUUUCUCUUCUUUCCCAAGAUGUUUGGAUCUCUUUCAGAUAAUAAAUCAUGGAACUCUGCUAUUUCUCUCUGGAAAAAUCCAGUCUGUAAGAAAACACGGUUCACUCAUCCAGCCAUCACAGGAGCAGCAACCUGUGCUUACAUCAUUUAACUUUCUAAAUUUAUUGUGUAAGGGACAAGAGCGUGACUUGCAGUUGGUAAUCUCAGCAUUACAGCUGAUGCUUCUCGUGCUGUUGUAUGUUAGAAGACUGGCGUGGCAGUCAGCGUAUGGGUUGUGGAACAUGAGGUGAGCCUACAGAGGCUGGGUUGCUUGUUACAUGAAAGCUAUGCUGAAAUAGUAUGGCAGGAAAGUGGCUUCUUUUGGCUUCUUGGUAAUCCACUGCAAAGCUAGGAGCAGAGGGAAGUUGUGUUAGACCACCUGUAGUCUUAGGAGCUCCCUGCUGUAUUUGAUGAAGAUAGGGUGGCUCUGUGCUGAUGCAUUGGAGAUGUCUGAGCCCCCUUGCACUCCUUUGUGCCCCAUUGAAUGGAACAAUUUGGAUAAGUGAGGCAGCAUGUCCUAAAGCCACACGUACAGUUAUCCCAUUAGAGACCUCCCCAGGUCCGCUCAGGAAAUCUGAUUCUGGCCUGCUGUUAGUAUAACGCAUUACUAACAACAAUCUUCUGUUUUGCAUGGCCUUCCCCAAGCUCCUGCUUGUUGCCAGCAUCUUCUGGGUUACAGCUGCUCAGGAAAACUGACCUAAUGAUAUCUUACAGGUAGUCUUACAGAGAAGUAUGCUUCCUCUGUGCUUAUUGUAAAAAGCAAUGGGGGAGAGGAUGGGAGAGAAAAACUGAUCUAACUUCUUGUUGGCUGUUUCCAUUUUCAUCUUGUGAGCUAAAAAUGUAUUAGGCAAGCUGUAAGCUUCUGUGGUGAGAUUAAAACCUUGGUAUGUUCUUUGUACCACUGAUAUUCUUAAUAACCAGGAGAGAACAAUCUACUGCUCUGCAGUUUGGCUCUGUUAUUUUUGCGUUAUACUGGUCAUGCUGGUAUUACAUAGUAGUCUGCAGUUUUGCUGGGUGGACAACCCCUCAUUCUUUUUUCAAGAGACGAGUGCUGUUUUGUUGGCCUUUUUCUCGUUUUUGAGGCUGGGAAUCUUUGCAGAAUUGUGGUUCGCCUUUCCUCUGCUUGGAAGGGCAUGCCUGUUUUACUGAGAGGUGACGGUGGUUGUUUUGGAAAGGUUAUCAGUCAGCAUGUGCCACAGUGCUGCAAGAACUCAGCAAUCACUUGAGAUGGAUGGCGGUGCCAGUUAGGUCACGGUAGCACUAGCAUGUUCUGUAACUUAGGUUUGCAAAAGCUGAACAUAAAGUGCUGAAAAAUGGAUUGCACCACUUCUAUGAGCAGAAAAGAUGAUCCCAAACCUGCUGCAAUCAGUGAAGACCCUACGGCACGUCUAACCAGAUCCUAAGCUCCAGUAUUGCCAGGCUUAAGUUUCACAGCUCCUAGCCCAUUGUGUGUAACUAGAUUUAGGGAGGCUUUUUCCAGAGAGGUGACUGCUUUAGAUCUCCUCGAGGGCACGAGAAUGCAUUGAUGCUAAUCUUUUU